CAGCAAAGAAAAAAAUAAGGCCAAAUAGUGUAAUUAAUAUCAAUGCAUCACUGAAGCCGACUUUACCCUCCUCGCCUUUGAUUCCAUGAAAGUCGAGCCAGCAGAAUGCAGACUUGAUUCUCUGUCUGCAAAUAAGUAUUGCAACAGCUAGCGCACAACUGAUUUUAUCGCCAUCUACAAAACACAACCCGAUAUUGUCGAUACCUGCUCCACCGACCCCCCCAUCCCAUCCCAACCUCGAUCUGUGCGACUCAGCCCUGCGACAGCGUCAUUCAAGAUGGUCUACGUGCGCCAGGAAUACCUGCCGAACCUCAAGGCGUAUAAAUACAGCGGUGUCGACCACUCGCUGACCUCCAAAUACAUCCUCAAGCCCUUCUACACCCAUGUCGUCAUCAAGUGCUUUCCCAUGUGGAUGGCCCCGAACUUGAUAACCUUGUCCGGCUUCAUGUUCGUCGUCGCAAACUUCCUCACCUUGCUCUGGUACAAUCCCACACUCGACCAAGACUGUCCACCAUGGGUAUACUACUCUUGGGCCGCCGGCUUGUUCAUAUACCAGACCUUUGAUGCCGUCGAUGGCUCACAAGCGCGACGAACCCGACAGAGCGGCCCCUUGGGCGAACUAUUCGACCACGGCGUAGAUGCGCUCAACACCUCGCUUGAAUGUCUUAUUUUUGCUGCAUCACAAAACAUGGGACAGAGCUGGUUUACAGUCAUUAGCGUUUUCGCAUCGCUCGGCACGUUUUACGUCCAGACCUGGGAAGAAUACCACACCAAAACUCUUACCUUGGGCAUCGUGAAUGGUCCAGUUGAAGGCAUCUUGGCUCUAGUCUUGGUUUACGCUUUCACCGGCUACAUGGGCGGCGCCUCAUUCUGGAACCAAUCAAUCCUCGCCACAUUCGGCGUGGCCAAGACUGUUGCCAUUCCUGACUUCGUGUAUGAUCUGUCAUUCACGCAUGUUUACUUGGCCCAAGGCACUAUCGUCAUGGCAUACAACACAGUCGAGAGUGCGCGCAACGUCAUUCGCGCGCGUCGCGCUCGUGGCGAUCGUAGCCGUGGUGCUCUACUUGGCCUCGUUCCCUUAUUCGGCACUUGGUUCCUCCUGGCUUCGUACCUAUAUCUACAGCCACUAAUCCGCACACAGCACCUUGUCCCUUUCGCCAUGUUCGCAGGCAUGGUGAACGCAUACAGCGUAGGACAAAUGAUCACAGCUCAUCUUGUGAAGCUCGACUUCCCCUACUGGAAUAUCCUGACUCUACCUUUAGGGUUCGGCAUAAUCGAUUCUCUCGGCCCUAUCCUUAAAGAACACAUAGGCUGGGCCUCUGGCUGGCCUAGCGCUCUCGGUGACGACGUCUACCAGGUUGCCUUCAUGUUCUGCAUGCUCGGUACGGCAGUCGGUGUCUACGGCUCGUUUGUCGUUGAUGUCAUUGUGACUAUUUGUGACUAUCUCGACAUCUGGUGUCUUACCAUCAAGCAUCCAUACGUAGAGGUCAAGGAGCAAACAGGCAACGGGGAUGCAAACAACAAGAAGGUCAACUAAAUUCAUACACAACCUCCAAAACGAACGUCAAGCUCUCGCUAUCCCGAUUCAGAGUAUUAGGGGUUUAUAUCUUUCUCUCGGGACCCCAUAUUAUCUUCUUCUACAUGAAGAACGUGGAAAAGGGAAUAGAACUAUGCAAGUAGCGGGAAACCUGCAAGGGAGGGCGUAAACCCCAACCCUCAACCCCCCCAGGGGGCCCUCUCUCUCUUUCUAUACAUCUAAUGAUAGGCACGAUCUGAUGGAAAUGGAUGGUAGAUGGGGUAAAGGUAUUGGGGAUAUGGCAAAGAUAUCAUAUAUACCAGAGAAAUACCCAGGAUUGAGAAGCGAGAGAUACUAGAGAAACUCGGGAGUAUAUCACGCCAGACAUCUCAUGCGCAAAUACCCUGGCUGCGUACGCAUGGACAGGCGCUAUGCUAUAUACUUUCGCCUAGAAAGAAUCUCUCAAUAUCUGGAAGCUCCUAGUUAUAGUAAUUGCUAUUGUUAAUGAGUUAUUUGACUACGAAAUUCAUGAAUGAGUUUAAUGGA